UCGUAGCCCCUACAUUUACCCUUUACGCCUACCCCACGACACCCCUAAGAUAUAUAGCUUCUUCUAUUCCCUCUUUCUCCAUUAGAGAAACUGCAAAUUAAGUACCAAACAGUUUCAGUCUUAUCAAGAAGAGAAAUUAAUAGUAGUAGUGAAAGAGACAAGCGUAGUUAUUGGUUUUCUCUAUCAAUAUCUUUCUGUAGCUCUACCCAAAAGUAAAAACUUGAAAAGAAAGGAAAGUGAAAAAGAAGUGUUAGAUCAAGUCAUGGGACGUUCACCUUGUUGUGAAAAAGCUCAUACAAAUAAAGGAGCAUGGACUAAAGAAGAAGACCAACGCCUUAUCAAUUACAUACGUUCUCAUGGUGAAGGUUGCUGGCGUUCUCUCCCUACAGCUGCAGGAUUGCAAAGAUGUGGAAAGAGCUGCAGACUGAGAUGGAUAAAUUACCUAAGGCCUGAUCUCAAAAGAGGAAACUUUACUGAAGAAGAAGACGAAUUGAUCAUCAAACUCCACAGUUUACUUGGAAACAAAUGGUCUGUUAUAGCUGGAAGAUUACCCGGAAGAACUGAUAAUGAAAUUAAAAACUAUUGGAAUACACACAUUAAGAGAAAACUCAUCAGCCGUGGCAUUGAUCCUCAAUCUCACCGUCCACUCAACGCUGCCGCCACCACUACCACCGCCUCCGCCGCUACCACCACAACCAAAAACAUCUGCAUGGACUUCAAAAACAACGUUGACCAAAAACCCAAUAUUAUAAACCAGAGGAAUAAUACCACAGAUUCAUCAUAUGAUGAAACAAAAUGCAACAGUGGUACUACUGAAGAAACAAAGCCACUAGAAAUUCCACAGAAAAGUUCACAGCAACUGAUGAUAAAUCUUGAACUUUCAAUAGGGUUGCCAUUACAUACGAAGACUGAUCAUAUUUCUUCAGCUGAGUCAACGGCAUCAUACAACUUCUUGGCGGCGGUAGCACCACCGCAGACGGCUGCAGUACCGGUGACGGCCGCGGCGGAGAUGGUGGCCAAAACAGUUUGUUUGUGUUGGCAAAUAGGAUUUCAAGGUGGUGGUCAGUCUUGUGGUAAAUGUAAAACCGCAACUGGAUUUUACAGAUAUUGCUGACCUUUUUGGAUAAUUAAGUAAUUUUAUUAAUACCAUUUUGGAUAAGUGAAUAUUUUAAUUUUUUAGGUUUAGAUAUUUCCUUUUUUCAUUUUUUGAACAUCUGGAUGCGUAAAUUUUUGCCUUCUAGUUGUAAUCAUCAAUGCAGAAACCUUUGCAGUGCAUUUGUAGCAACAACUUACCACGUUAUGAAAUGGAAGAAGUAUUUAAUUUUCCAGUUUCA